CAGAACCGUCUUCGAGGUCUUUUCAAGAUGGCGUCAACGCAGUUAACGGAUGAGGAGCUUUUUUUGGAAUUAAAACGUUUUGGUUUCACUCCAGGGCCCGUUACUGAGAACACUCGUCCGGUGUACCUGAAGAAACUCAAGAAGCUUCGCGAGGAGCAACAGCAGCGAGGACUAAGACCCGGUAAAACCCGUACUAUCGGUGCCAUUAACAGUACCACUGGCGGCGGUAGCACAGUGGCAUCUAGGCCAGUCAGCCAUGACGUCACGCACCUGAAUACAAGCAGGAGACCGGGCCGGAAGUCCUCCCUCCUCGGCUUCAGCUCCGACGAGUCUGAUGCUGAAAGCCCACUAAAGAGGAAAGGCCUCGGUCACAGCGGCAGAGCGAACAGAAGCUCCGGUUCUCAACAGCAGCCUAAGAUUAGGCCUGCCUCACCGCCGAGUGUGGCUAUCAAGAGUCGGUACGACCACAGCGCGACACCGAGCAGCAAUUUUUCCCUGGGUCAGAACGGAGAGAGACGUGUCUCACUGGGCUGGGGAGUCGGUGACAGACCCAGUCCCGAUGCGGGACUACGGCGUUACGACGACUCCGGGGACGAGGACAAUUAUGAGGAGGAUAUGGAAAAGAAAUCUCGCUCUUUAAAUGGUCGCGGGGCGUCUCGCCUGAAUGCUAGCAAAUUAGCUGGAGAUUACUCAGACUCGGACGAGGAGGAAGUUAGUGGGCCAGAAUGCGACAGAUUGGAGCCUCGACGAAACCACCCCGGUGUGGCGUUAUCUUCCGACGUUACUGGUCGAGGGUCUGCGACCGAUGGGCAGAACACAGAAGCGACGCCUCGUCGUUUUCUAAGCAUGGGGGGGAGUCAAGGUGAGGAUGAGGAGGAAGAUGAUUUAAGGAGAAGGGACUUUAGCCGCUUGGGAGACUCGCGGAGUCACACACUUCCAAGGAAACCCAUCUACAGGUCACUUACCGAAAACCACAAAGGAAACACCGGUAAAAACAGUCCGGCCACCGGGGAGGACGGCGCAUCCAGAAGCAACAGCACCGAGCUGAGACCGCGCUUCUCCACCUACAGCGGUCUGUCGCAGACGUACAGGCGCAACCACUCUAAUCACACCCCUGCUCCCAACCAUUCCUACGGCCACGCAGCGCUCAAGAGGAACGUGUCUGCUCCCGAAGACGAGCUUCUCCAGCAGUUCAAAAGGGAAGAGCUAGCUUCCUCGGGUAGUUUUAGCGCUCACUACCUGUCCAUGUUCCUGCUCACAGCGGCGUGUCUCUUCUUCGUGCUGCUGGGCCUCAUGUACCUCAGGAUGAGGGGUUCAGGAGCCAUGGAGGUGGAUAGCGUCAUUAAUAGCCCUCCCCCAGAGUUUGACACACCUAAUAAGGAUGUGAUCCAGAAGCUGCUGCUCAGUCUUCAUGACCACUUGGCCUUUGUUGCUGGCCAGCAUGACUGUGGAGACCCAAAUCAUCCAAACCGGAGCGUGUCCAUAGACGAGGCCUCAGAGUAUUUACUGGCUCAAAAUAAAUCGUUUAGAGGCUUAAUUAACGAAUCUCUGGACUGGAUCAUCCAAAAAGGCCAGGAUGUUGGCGUUAGGCUGGUGGGAGCGGCGCCGGAUGAGCCGGUGACUGAGGUGUCUGCGAUCGCUCGGCUGGAGUCCACUCAUCCCAAGAUGUCCUUCACGUGCCGUUUCCGCCGAGCCUUCUUCACCAUCAUAAACAGAGUCCUCCUCAUUGCAGUCGCGGCAGCUUGUGUGUGGAGCGUGGUGUGCUACGUGAAGUAUCGCUGGAGGAGAGACGAGGUGGAGACGAGACAAAUGUACGACAUGGUGGAGAGGAUCAUCGAUGUGAUGAAGACUCAUGGUGAGGCUUGCCAAGAGAACCAGGACCUACAGCCCUACCUGCCCAUCCCACAUGUCAGAGACUCGCUGGUUCAGCCGCAGGACCGGAGGAAAAUGAAGAAGGUUUGGGAGCGAGCCGUGAGUUUUCUUUCAGCGAAUGAAUCAAGGAUUCGAACAGAGACUCAGAGGAUUGGUGGAGCAGACUUCCUGGUUUGGAGGUGGAUCCAGCCUUCUCUUAAUUGUGACAAAGGCUCCUCCAAAGUCUGGCAAGGAAAAGCGUUUCCGUUGGACCGGAGGAAUUCACCCCCCAACAGCCUGACCCCAUGCCUGAAAAUCAGAAACAUGUUUGAUCCAGUCAUGGAGGUGGGGGAGAACUGGGACCUAGCCAUUCGUGAGGCCAUCUUGGAGAAAUGCAGCGAUAACGACGGCAUCGUCCAUAUAGCUGUGGACAAGACCUCACGAGAGGUACGAUGGGUGAGCUCACGUAUCGAGGAGCGCUGCAGUGACUGCUUCUGUUCCACAGGUAAGCUGGUGACGGUGAAGUAUCUACGCUUGGACCGCUAUCACCAGCGCUUUCCACAGGCGCAGGGCUGCAGCACGCCGCUCAAGGCCUCCGGCCUCGCCACAGGCGUCACGAACACUACAGCCCACCUGCAGCACCACAGCGCAGCCGGCUCCCCGGGCUUCUCGUGAGGGCGGCUCGUGUUCGAACCUCCGACCGUGUCCUCCUCCCGCGUCACAGCACCAGUCUGAUGCUGCUUUAUAACAGGAAAGCCUUCAGUGUGUCACAGCAGAGCGUUUAUUUGUUUCAGUUUACUUUCUGAAAACAGGAAAUUUGCAAGAGAA